AGAAAAAAGAAAACAUAAGAAUGGAUUACGACGAUCUGAUUAAGAAAUUUGGCAACUUUGGAAAAUUUCAUUUUCGUCUUUAUGUUGUGCUUUUCUUUCCCGUCCUUUUCAAUUCUUUCAGCACCCCCAUUAUUGUAUUUUUUCUGGGAGACCAGUCAUACAGGUGUAAACUUCCAGACUGGCAAAAUGACACGUUUGCUGUACAAAAUGAAUACCACAAGAGUAUUAUAAAUUCAUCUAUACCCACAACCUCUGAUGGUAAAUACAAAGAAUGUGAAAUCAUAAGGAACGGGACGAUAGGAACUUGCACAGAAUGGGUCUUCGACAUUUCAACAUUUUCCAACACUAUUGUCUCACAGUUUAACUUGGUAUGUGACAGAACUAUGCUCCGCCCUCACGCCAUGACGACGUAUUUCAUUGGAUAUGCUGCGUCAACGGUUCUCCUGUCCAUUGUUGGAGAUGUAAUUGGACGACGACUAGAGUGCUGUAUAUGUUUGACGUUUAUGUUCAUCACAAAUAUCACCAUGCCGUUUUCCACGUCUGUCUACAUGUUUGCAGCCCUCCGCUUCCUUGACGGAUUCUGUGCUUCUACCAUUUAUCGUACCGUUUUUAUAAUGGGGUUGGAGUUUGUAACACCACAGUUACGUCUGAUAUCCGGUACGGUCAUAGUUCUAGUUUUCUGUGUGGGAGCCUAUAUCCUGGUGCUGAUUGCUUAUUUUAUCAGAGAUUGGAGAUGGCUACAGUUAACAGUUGCUAUUCCAAUGGCAAUACCCCUCAUCUACUGGUGGCCAAGAAUAUUUCCAGAAUCUCCAAGGUGGUUGUUAUCUCGUGGAAGACACGAGGAGGCAAUGAAAAUCUUGCAGAACGCGGCAAAGAUCAACAAUACUCCACUUGAUGAAGAUAUCAACUUGUUGAAAGUCAAUGUUGAAAAAGAUGGCGAUAAAGGAAUCGUUAACAUCCUGAAGAUACUCAUUACAUCCCGAAAACUGGUCAUUCGUUGGCUCAUAGUUACAGCAAACUGGUUUGCCAUUGCCUUUAUAUACUACGGUCUUACUGUAAAUCUAGGAAAGUUUGGUGGAAAUUUGUACGCAAACACUGCACUUUCAAUCACAGCUGAAAUACUUGGAUACUCAAUGUGCUUUCUUCUGGACAAAACAGGAAGAAAGCCUAUGCAUCUUGUUGUCCUUUUUGGUAGUUCUGUGGCUUGUUUCCUCACACUGAUACCAAUACUUUUGUUGGAUGAAUCUUAUAAUUGGCUUAUGAUCACCUUUGCUAUGAUUGGAAAGUUUGGAAUAUCAGCAGGAUUUGGGGAGAUCUAUAUAUAUACUGGAGAAAUGUUUCCGACUGUGGUCCGGAGUUUAAGUCUUGGUCUUUCUGGAGCUGGAUCAAGACUUGGAAGCAUUACAUCUCCGUACAUGUUUUUUCUGGCGGAUGGGACGUUUGGGAAGGUGUUACCUUUCCUGCUCUUUGGUUCUUUGACCUUCUGUGUUGGACUUCUUUCACUAAAACUCCCAGAGACCAGAAUGAUAAAACUCCUGCAGCAAGUAGAAGAUGUCAGUGAAGAAGACAUUAGGCGCCCUCCUCUAAGCAAAGAAGCAAAUGAUACAGAAGAAGUAGAAAGAUUUUUGGAAGAUGGACUGUGAAACAUAUCAUUUAUGAUAUACAAAGUACAAGUACAUGUAGUAGAUUCGAAUUCAUGUCUUGUGAUAUAUUAUUUCUUGAUUUUGUGGGGGUUUUUUUAAUUUCAAAGAGUGACAUAUCAAGUUACAAAUUUAAUUUUUUUUGCUCACAUUCUCUCACACAUUCACACUUCCCCUUGAUUUUGUAUUUAUUUUUUUUUAGAUCUCUGUGAAGAUUGAGGAUGCAUAAUAUUAUUUUUUAUAGCUCUAAUUAUCAUAGACCAA